UCAAUGUCAGACUAACUUUAGCUGUACAACGAGGCAGAAUGGAAAGAAGUGUGGUGAAACUCCUUUGUGGGCUACUGCUGCUUUUCGCUACUGGACAACCAAAAACGGAUGACUGGGACAUUUACAGCUUUCACAUCAACUCCACCGUGACCAGCCGAUAUGCCACCACCAUCAUCACGAGCCGUGUGGCCAAUCGUAUGAAUGAAUCAAAGGAAAUUGAAUUCCAUGUCAAGAUUCCCAAGAAUGCAUUCAUCAGUAAAUUCAAAAUGAUGAUGGACGGUCAAGUGUAUGAAGGAGUUGUGAAAACAAAGGAGCAGGCUCAAGUGCAGUACACUGAGGCGGUGUCCCGUGGCCAAAGCGCUGGGAUUGUCAGCUCUGUAGGGAGAACCAUGGAGGAGUUUAAAACCUCAGUAACUGUGGCAGCCCACAAAAAGGUGACCUUUGAGCUCACCUACGAGGAACUGUUGAAACGAACACAUGGCAAAUACAAGCUGCAGAUCCACACACGACCUACGAGGCCUGUCCAAGACUUCAAGAUGGACGUGCAUAUUCGUGAAAAAGUUGACAUCAGUUUCGUUGACGUGAAAGGAGGACUCAACACUAAGGCCCUGGCUAAUGCCAUCACGAAAACACAUACAAACAAACAGGCAUGGGUGUAUUUCCAUCCAACAGUGGAUCAACAGAAAACCUGUGACAGCUGUGGAGAGGAAGGUAUGAAUGGAGAUCUGGUCAUUGUUUAUGACGUCAACAGAGAGAAUGGACUGGGAGACAUCAUGACUUCUGACGGAUACUUUGUCCAUCACUUUGCUCCAUCUGAUCUUCCCCGAAUACCAAAGAACGUUGUUUUUAUUAUCGAUCAAAGUGGCUCAAUGCACGGCAGAAAAAUGGCACAGACCCGAACCGCUUUGGUCCAUAUUUUGAAUGAUCUGGCAGAAGAUGACUUCUUUGGUCUCAUCAGUUUUGAUAGCGCAAUAAAUUACUGGAAACGAGAACUCAUUCAGGCCACUGGUCAAAAUCUGGAGCAGGCCAAGCAGUUUGUGCUGAAUAUCAGAGACAGAGGAGCUACAGACAUCAAUGCAGCAGUGUUGGAAGGAGCACGUAUGUUGAAUGUACAUCCCAGAGAAGGUUCAGCUUCUAUCCUCAUACUUCUCACUGAUGGAGACCCAACUACAGGAGUGACAAACAUUAAUACCAUACGGUCAAAUGUAAAACAGAAAAUUGCAGGAAAAUAUCCACUUUAUUGUCUUGGCUUUGGGUUUGAUGUCAAUUUUGAGUUCUUGAAGAAAAUGUCCCUGGAGAACAAUGGUGUGGCAAGAAGGAUUUAUGAAGACUCCGACGCUGAUUUACAGCUAAAGGGUUUCUAUGAUGAAGUUGCCACUCCUCUGCUGACAGAUGUCACAAUGAUCUAUGUUGGUGGAGCCAAUCUAACCCAGACAAAUUUCAGUCAGUAUUACAAUGGCUCUGAGAUUGUGGUGGCUGGUGAGAUCAUUGACAACAACGUUGAAAUCUUCACGCCACAAGUUGUGGCCAUUUCAACUAGACAAAAAGUGGCAUAUUCUAAUACAAAUAGCUCUGUGGGUUCUUUGGACACUAAAGGACUACUUCAGAGGGUUUGGGCCUACCUCAAAGUUAAGCAGCUUCUAGAGAAGGAGCUAUUGUUGACUGGAUCUGAGAAAAAUAAUGCGAAAAAAGAGGCUUUGGAGCUCUCCUUGAAGUACAGCUUUGUGACUCCUCUCACAUCCAUGGUGGUCACCAAGCCUGAAGGGGAGAACACAGAAGUUCUUUACAAACCCAAAGAGAGAGGAAAUCUACAACCCGAAAGGAGUACAAAAGCACAUGGCAGAGUUUCGAAUAGUGGAAGGCCCUCAGUGGGACAUAAAUCUCGUAAGUUAGGAGCACGCAUUGGCUCGUUUCCACAAUCACUGCCAGUAGGUACUCUAAGGAAAGGAGCACGCAUUGCCUCGUUUCCACUAACGCCACAAUCACAAUCACUGCCAGUAGCUACUCCAAGGAAAGAUAUUUCCAAAGUUAUGGCAGUGCAACGUAUGAAAACGGAUUCUACCUUAUUGACCACAUCUGCUCCUGUAUUCCACAGAUUUUUGAUGAAAACCGUAAAUUACACUUUGCCCCUUUGUUUUGACGUUAUUGGAGGUGUAAAUCUUAAACUUCUUCACCAUCCCAGCACAGAACUUUAUAUAAAUGGCGUGUUUGACUCAACAACAACAAAUAGUGGCUUCAAAAAGAUUGUCAUCCAUGUUGGUGCCGAUCACCAUAUUGAAGUUGACCCAGAGGGAAUCAGUCUUCGACACGGACAAUCUACGACCCGCCACACAGGAGAGGAUCGCAUCACAGUAGGAAGGUUUACGGUGACCAGAUUGAGCAAUGAAACAGAAUUUGCAGAUGUGGAUGUGCGCCUGUCGAUCUUACUUCACAGGAAGGAUGGGAACAAUUUCCUUUGGCCCGUUUUAAGACAGUCACCAUCUGCUGGUGACACUGUAGGAUUGUUGGCUUUAGAUCAAAUACAAUAUGAAGUGGUUCAACAAAAUUCCCAGGCAAAAGUGAAGAUAACAGACACAGAGACUGAUGUUCAAAGGUCCACAGCUUUUGACUACAGGAUCAACAGUCCGACGGAAGUGGACUGUUGGCUUAUUGCUGCGGACUUUGUCAUUCCAAUGCCUCUGAGAGAAAUCAUUGUUGCCCAACUUUAGCUAAAAGUGGGGAAUGAAAUGAAUUAUCCAAAAAAAGUAUACAUUUCAAGUUAAUCCAGAAAAAGUGAGAUGAUAUAUGGUACAUGGCCAACAUCUUUAAUUGUUAAAACAUAUAAUGAAUAAACUCAUGCAUUUCA